AUGCGCGCGAAGUCAGACUAUUGUCUGCAGUGCAAGCUCUCCGGCGAAACUGGCGCCAUACUUGCCCUGGAAGCCCGGGAUGAUGGCAAAUAUCUUGCGAGUGGCGGGUUGAAUGCGAACGGACCCAAAGUGUGGGACUUGAAGGAUAUGCGUCAAGUCGAGGUUGUGACGGUGGCUUCUGAUCUCCGCGGCGCGACCACAAAACUCCAAUGGAUCAAGCGUGAGGACGACAUCUGCGAGGCCUUGAUCUACGGUACACAGAACGGCUUCUUGGUGUGCUGCCGGUUGGACAACCCGGGCAAUGCAGAACCUCGUUUCCAAGAGAUAUGGAACCGCCAGAUGAACGCCCCGUGUGAGGUGACGGGACUUGCAUUCGAUUCGGCUACAAACCGCUUAGCCGCAUCUCAUCGUGGAGGCACCCUCCAAGUGUUCACACUGAACUCGGCGAUGGCUGAGAACGAGGUGUUCUCCGUCGUAAUCCGGCACUGCGUUCCCGCAGCUUUGGCAUUUGGGGCGAUGAGUGGGAAUGAACGAGAACUUCUGGUAUUUGGACUCUAUUGCGGACUUGUAUACACCGUCCGUGGGAUGAACGUGUGCUCGUCGGAUGCCGCGUGGAACCUUGGAUGCUGCAUCUCGAAUGUGGAUAUCGACCAGACAAACGGUAUCCUGUGCGUGAGCGAUCCGUCCAGCGGCGUCCAUCUGUAUCGCCUCACCGGACGGGAGCUGGUGAAAAGCUUCCUCAUACCCGUCAACAAGACACAGCAAAUUCGCCAAGUGGCGUUGCUCGACUCAAACCGCGCCGUUGUCAGCGGGAGCGACCAUGGGGUUGUAUACGUGUACAACCACCGGGACAACUUGUUGACGAAACUGCAAGUCGACCCAAACGCUUAUCAAGGCCUUCAGACCGCGGAUGUCGCAGGGGUCCCUACAAUCUUCACGGCCAAAUCGGCUGAAGUAAGUGGGAAGAGCGACAUCUUCGUGUACCGUAAAACGCUGAUAACUCCCAACUUCAUGGCAAGACUGGGAAGUUCAUUGAAGUGGUUGGGGUGGCUCAUGAUCAUAAUGGCAGCAGUAGCAUUCGGAUACGAGAAGAUUACGUUUGCCGUUGGCAGAGUGUAUUCGUCAGACGUUUGCCAUCGUCAAAUGCCAGCUUCAUCGCACUACACCUGCGAGCGUUGCCCGCUAGCAAACUUCUGCAAUCACAGAGUCCCAAAGCUACAACGAAUAUCUCACCAAUUAGAAAUCUCCAAGUCUCAGAAUCCCUCCGGAACUCAGACUGGGCGCGUGGUCACAUUGGGGAUCAAGACUGCCGGUCCUAUUGCACCAAUCCACGAAGACGACGUGUUGAUCCAUGUCUCUGACGAAGAAGCCCUAUCUGCGGAGGCGACAGCAGAUGCUUCUACGCUAGAAAUGGAGAGGCUUGCCAGUCUCCUCACUGGUUUGGUCAUUCUGGAUGAGGGCAAAGAGUCCCAUCGUGAAAUGCAAUCCAAGCUCUUUAGCUCUCGGGACGACUUUCAAUCUAGUAUAUCCGAAGUACCAAUAGAAUUCAUGCCCAUCUCCCUUAAACAAGUUCUCGGCAGCGUUGAAGCUGUGCUUCAGGCCCCGACUCUUCCGCUACGGCCAGCGACAAUGAAAUCCCAAGAGGAAAAUAUAACUCUCCUACAAGAGAUGCUGAAACGCAUUCGUGCGGCGCAUGCCGAACUAGACCUGCAACGCGCUUUCAAUGCAAGUCCCGCCACUGUUGACGUGCUGGUCAACACUGUCCAUUCUGCGGGUCUCCUCGUUAUUGAGGCUGGCCGUCUUCUCUCAAGUCUCAAGCCCUCGGACAAAACACGCCCACCGAAACGGCUGAGGGUCAGAACCAGAGCAGAUGAAAAGAUCGCUACUUUGUCCGAGAGUCUACAAGCAGAGGCUACGACCCUCAACUCGCUCAUUGAUAUCAUAGGCCCGCUUCUUCCUCCACCAACGCAUGUGGUCGAGCACAAUUCUGAUCAUCAUUUUGAAAAUCCCAUUGCAAAAUACGAUGUCAUUACUCAACUUUCCAUCCUUCUCGCCCUCAUCUGCCAUGUUAUCAUUGGCAUCAGCAGCAACCCCGUAAACCUCAUCCUCGCAUUCGUCAAUGCGAUCAUACAAGCAUUGAUGGCACUCUGUGCGCGCGAUGGGCGAGCAAAACCUGUACAGGAGUAUGUACUCAAACAACUCCCUACAUCCUUGGAUUCUGCGCUUCGCAGGUUCAAGAUUGAUCCUACAACCACCAUCUACGCGACUUGCCCGUCCUGCCAUUACACACACGCGCCACUGGAGGACCGAGUCAACGGAGUGGCCUCGUACCCUGAGAUCUGUCAAGGCUAUGUAUAUCCUCGACAAGGAGCGCGCCAUGCCUGCAGGACCCAGAUUCUUGAACGUCACCAAGGAAAGCUCAGACCUAUCCGGCCGUAUGUCUUCACUUCUGUGAUCGAUUAUAUUGCUGCUACGCUCUCCGACACCGGGAUAGAAAGGAUGUGCAAGAAGGCUUGUGAUGAUGCUCUGGCAGCAGUGCGCGCAGCCCUUUCAAAGAACCCCGAGGCGUCUGUGACAGAAGAACGUGUCAAUGCUGUCUUUGAGGCGGUGUUUAUGCGCAGCUUCGAAGGCCCCGUUCCCAGCAAACUGUUCAUCGAAAGAGAAGGUUGCUUGAGGCUCGCCUUCUAA